AUGGCAACGGACAAUGAAAAUAGGAUUUACCAGCUGUCAGGCUACCCUUCGCUUGCUGCCUUCAUUGCAAGUGAUCGCGACCGCACGACCCUCAUAUACAAGCGCUUUGACGAAUUAGCAGCACGAAAUCUGCUGCACCUGCAAAGUGAACUUGCAGACCUUCAUGCGCAACAGCGUGCAUUCGACGAAGAAGACCUUGCAGCCGAUCUGGAAACAAAACAAUGUGCACGCAAUUGGGAAUCCUUCAAAAAGGCUGCGGCUAUGGGUGACAAUAGACAAAAGGAAAGAUGGGCAUUGAUGCUUCGCAUCCGGGAAACGAUGCAAGAAUACCGCGAGGCUCUGUUGUUUGAGAGCACGUUAGCAGCUCUAUCACGACCUUCCAAAGGCAUCAUGUGUGCAUUCCGGGAAGUGUUCAACAACCAGACUGAUGGGAGGGGCGAGCCUUUCCCAACCUUGGGAGGCCAUGGUGCUGCACUGUAUGAUGAUAUGGAUGACCUGGUUGCGUUGCGGGUGCAGGAGACUGGAGAUCGUCUGAAGGACUUUGCGCAUGAGCAUUUGGCGUUUCUAUUCCCCGAUCGAAAGCGCGCUAGAAAAGGCAUCGCCUAUGCUUCGGACCGAGCCAUUAGCUCCUUCGUAGCGUGGUUCAGCACCUUCCUUGCGGCUCUGCUGUUGAUAGGUGCAAUUGUCGUACUCUACACUGUGCACUCUCCAGACUGGCGGCUGGGAUUGAUAGCAACAUUCACCACGUUGUUUGCUGGUAGUGUAGGACUUCUCACAAAUGCGCGAAGAGCGGAGUUGUUUGCGGCUACAGCAGCGUAA